CGAUAUGUGACAUGCGAUAUCCAAUCAACGUAUUGCUUUUCCAGAAGAACUGUAAGUUUAUUGGAUAUCGCGCGUUGCAUAUUGCGUAUCGCGUCGCGCUAGUGUGCCGGGCCAUUAGCCUUUCAUUUUGAAAGAAAAGAAGAGAAAGAGUUGUAAAAAAUUUUAUAAAAUCACAUAUAUCAAACGUAUAGCGAUAAUCAUGGCCAAAGAGCGUGGUGUCUUAAAAAUAAUGUGGAAUAGUUUUGUAUCCUCGCUGAAACCUCGCUUCGCCCGUCGCAAAUUGAUUGGUGAGGAUUAUUAUGGCACGAAGUACUACGAGGAAGAUAUUCGUUAUUCCGCCCGGAAAAGGCCGCCACGGUCUUUCGUUCCAGUGAACAAAGACGACUUCGAGCAAGAGUUACCCGCGGAAUGGGAGGCCUGGUUGAGAUAUCGCAGAAAAGAACCACCUACGCGAGAGGAAAUAGAAGCUAAUUACCAAUUGACAAUGAUAAAGAAGGAGAAUGCAGUGAAACUUUUGAAGAAUCGCUCGGAAAAUGACGAUACCAUUAAUCUUCCCACAACUUCUGCUACCCAGACUACUCCAGGAAAUUUUCCAGUCUAUGAAGAUUAUAAGAGUUUUAAUAGUGAUUAUAAACCAAAGGACUCGUACAAAUAGAUAAAGAAAAUGUCACCUAUAUAAUUAAAGUAUAUUUCUGGAGUAGUAAUUCUGUUAAUGCAAUAAAGAAAUAAUUUUAAAGAAAAUGAGAGAGAG